AAUAUAACACCGUAUAUCAUAUCAUUUCAUGGCAGCAUUACGUUGCAUAUUGGUGCUCAUGCCGUUGAUGGGUCUGACCUGGGGGUUUGGAGUACUAUCUUUGAAUAGUGACACAAUUGCUUUCCAGUACAUAUUCGCUAUUCUUAACAGUUUCCAGGGACUGCUGAUCUUCAUAUUUCACUGCGUGUUGGACAAAAAGAUAAAAGAUGCAUUUACAAAACAGAGACACAGAUGGCUUCAGUCGACGCAGAGUUUCGGAGUUUCUGAAGGAAAGAGAAGCAAAACACAAGACACUUCCAUUUUCUGAAAACCAAGAAGAAUCAAUUCAUCGAUGGAGUAUUUCAAAAUGUGAUUUGUCGGACAUAUUGGCCAUUCAAGACUGGGCUACAUCUAAAACAGCACUUUGUAUAUUAAAGCUUCUCGUAGAUCAUAAUCAAUCGAUGAAGUACUUCAAUAUUUGUCGGACGUUUACAUAUUCACAUAUUCCAUGAAUCCAUCGAUGCAGUAUUUGAAUCACCGAUAUUUCAGACUUUGGCAUAUUCACAAAAUUCAAACCAUCGAUGUAGUAU